AUGAAUCAACAAGAAGUUGCGAGUAAUCUUGAACUUGAUCUAAAACUAAAUAUUUCGCCAUCACUAGAUUCAUCUUUGCUCACGGAGAGCUCAUCGUCGUCGUUGUGUUCGGAAGAAGCUGAAGGUGGAGGAGGAGAGGCUAAAUCAAUGGUGGUCGUUGGUUGCCCUAAUUGCAUCAUGUAUAUCAUCAUGUCUUUAGAGAGUAGUAACCCUACAUGCCCUAGAUGCAACAGUCAAGUUUUGCUUGAUUUUCUCACAGGAAACAAUAGCAAAAAGAGUAUUAAUUAA